AUUUAUGAUCUGGUGUCGUGUCUAGUAACUGGUAUUUCCAACUAACUGUUUAUGAGAACACAAAGAAAACCAGAGAGAACUCACCCUAUUUGUGGGGAUUUCUGUUUAAACUGCGAUAAUGUGUCUUUCAAAAUAAUUUCAGAUACCUCCAACUAGUUAGAAAUACAAUAAUGCACUCGGGAAUCUUGACUCUAGGAUUAACAGUGAAUUUUUUAGCUUCUAUUUGUAUAGUAUUCCUUAACAAAUGGAUCUACGUGAAUUAUGGAUUUCCCAACAUGACGUUAACGUGUAUUCACUUCUUGGUAACAUACGUCGGGCUGGUGAUAUGUGUUUUCUUCCGAUUGUUUCAACCAAAGCAGCUUCCGUUGUCGAAGAUGAUUCCACUUUCACUUUCGUUUUGUGGCUUCGUGGUUUUCACGAACCUCAGCCUUCAAAACAAUACAGUUGGUACCUAUCAGCUAGCAAAGGCUCUCACUACUCCCACCAUCAUUGGCAUCCAUACUUUCAUCUACAACAAGAGUUAUCCUAGUAAUAUUAAACUCACCAUAAUUCCAAUAACUUUAGGAGUGAUCUUGAAUUCAUAUUAUGAUGUGAAAUUCAACAUUGCUGGUACAAUUUUUGCCUCUUUGGGAGUCAUCAUAACUUCAUUUUAUCAAGUGAUGGUUGGAAGCAAGCAGCAGGAGUUUGAAGUCAAUUCCAUGCAACUUUUGUAUUAUCAGGCUCCACUUUCUGCUUGUCUACUUGCCUUUGUAGUUCCUUUCUUUGAGCCCCUUACCGGUAAAGAUGGAUUAUUUUCAUAUUGGCCAUUCAUUGCUAUCUUAGCUGUGCUGGGCUCUGGCAUUGUAGCUUUUACUGUCAACUUGUCAAUCUAUUGGAUCAUUGGCAAUACUUCUCCUGUAACAUAUAACAUGGUGGGGCAUUUGAAGUUCUGUGUAACAUUGUUAGGAGGGUAUUUUCUUUUUCAUGACCCCCUCAAGAUGAACCAGUUGAUUGGUAUUGCUAUAACAUUAUCUGGUAUCAUUGCUUACACACAUUUCAAACUCAAGCAACAUACACAACAAGUUUUACCAACUGUUAUAAAGCAAACCAAACAAUAGAAUGCCAUAUAAUACUGGGAGGUUUUUUGAAUAGCAUAUAGGUAUAGUUACAAUAAAGAACUACCGUGUGAAAGUUUAACUUUUAA